GUGGUGGUGUUGGCGGUUCGAGCGACGAAAGCUUUUUGCCGGAAGUGGGAAGAGGAGAGGGAAGUCUCGCCUUCUCCCGGGGUCUUCAAGUUUCGGGCUGGGGGCUAAUUGUCGCUAAAAAGCUCAGAGGUGCUCGGGUGGAUACAAUUCCUCGCUUUGUGAGAAGAAGCUAGAACGCGCGCUGAGGUGUAUCCUGUGCUUUACUUGACGGGGGACUCCGAGUCCGGUUCUGUCGUUUUCAACUUAAACAGGUAACAUGGAGGCACCUCCAGUCACCAUGAUGCCUGUCACCGGGGGCACCAUUAACAUGAUGGAGUACCUGCUGCAGGGAAGUGUUUUAGAUCACAGCUUGGAAAGCCUCAUCCACCGCCUUCGUGGUUUGUGUGACAACAUGGAACCUGAGACUUUCCUUGACCAUGAGAUGGUAUUCCUCCUUAAGGGCCAGCAGGCCAGUCCGUUUGUUCUAAGGGCUCGACGCUCUAUGGAUAGGGCAGGGGCACCCUGGCAUUUGCGCUACCUGGGACAGCCAGAAAUGGGAGACAAGAACCGCCAUGCCCUGGUGCGUAACUGCGUGGACAUUGCAACAUCUGAGAACCUUACUGACUUCCUGAUGGAAAUGGGCUUCCGCAUGGACCAUGAGUUUGUUGCCAGGGGACACCUGUUCCGUAAGGGCAUCAUGAAGAUCGUGGUGUACAAGAUCUUCCGCAUCUUGACACCAGGGAACACAGACAACACUGAGGCCUUGUCACUUUCCUACCUUGUGGAACUAAGUGUUGUUGCCCCAGCUGGGCAGGACGUGGUGUCUGAUGACAUGAGGAACUUUGCAGAGCAGCUGAAACCUCUGGUUCACCUAGAGAAAAUAGACCCCAAAAGGCUCAUGUGACAAGGCAGUCUGUCCACCACUGGGGCUUGUCCUCAGCUGUACAAAAAACGAAGAUGUUAUAAUUGCCCUAUUUCACCACUGCCAGCCAGGCAUUCUUCCCUCAGGAAGGAGGACAAUGAGAACUUAGUUGGUUCUUUGCACUGUUUUCCUCAUAUGGCCAGUUCACUUUUGUGACAGCCUUUCUAAAUUAAAGGCUAAGGAUGACAUGGAGAAUCUAGAUAAUCCCUCUGCAUAAAGAGGGGAAACUGGAAUAAAAUAGCUUUGGGGAAUAAAAAUCUUUUAAUUGUUUUGCCAUUUGUGUGUAAGAUUUGUAAAACAGAGACUGAGUUUGUAUUGUGCAGUAAUAAAGGCUAUAAAGAGAAA